CCUAAGUUCAUUCGAAAAGAAUUAACUUGAUAACUCCAAAUCACCUGGUUUCAUUACAAAAGUGCGCGAAAGAUAUUUAGUUAAUACUCGGUUUCUUUAAUGAUCUUUGUUUCCCGUGUAAGAUGGUGAUAUUUUUCUUUCAAUAAUUUAACAACAAUAGUGAUCAAUACGAUGCGAGUUAUGUGUAAAAGUCUUCUUAGUUCUUCUAACCUUCUACCUAAAUCUUUUUCUAACCUUGAAAUUCCGAUUUAACAUGUUGCCGACAAAAUAUACGGAAUUAAAGCGCAUUGAGGAGUUAUUGACAUGUGGGAUUUGCUAUGAAUAUAUGGACACUAGUAUGGUGACUCCGUGCUCUCACAAUUACUGUUCUCUUUGCAUUAGGAAGUAUUUGCAUUAUCAGACACAAUGUCCUGCUUGUUUUGCGGAAACUUUUGAGAAAGAUUUGAGAAGGAACAAAAUUUUGGACGAGAUUAUCAUCCAAUAUCAGAAUGUUAGGGAAAAAUUUGAGAAGGAAUUUUAUCACAAAGAGAUAGAAGCUGUGACAAAUGACAGUUCUGUAGAUAUCAGCUCAUUUAGCAGUUUUAAAUGCGAGAAAGAAAUAGAUGUUCGUGAUACAAAUGGGAUAUCAUGUGAGAUUUCUGAAAGUCCGAUAUCCAAGGCGAUUAUUUCUACGCCUCAUGCACAAAGGGCUCAUCAUCAAGAUGUAUCGAGUCCCAGCACCAGCAAAUCGUCUAAAGUGCCAUCAAUAUUUAAUACACCAAAAAGUAAGAAAGGUUUUCGAAAUGAGGAAAAUUCUAAGGUAGUCAUAUGUCCGGUAUGCAAAGUAGAUGUGCCUGAAAGUAAUAUAAAUAAACAUUUGGACGAUUGUUUAAAAAGAGAGAAUAGGAAAGGUCAACCUAAAAGAGUUGAGCUAAAGCGUAAGCCACUUCCAAAGUUAGUGCUAAAUUUAAUGAAAGACAGUGAAAUGCGGAAGAAACUAAAAGAAUGUGGAUUAUCAUCUCAGGGAGAGAGAAAAGUAUUAGAGAACAGACUGCAGAGAUAUUCUAUCCUCUAUAAUGCAGAAUGCGAUAAAACGAAUCCAAGGCCUGUGUCAGAGUUAAUUGCACAGUGCAAAGAGGAGGAAAAUUUGGAGAAGAAAAUUCGGAAACCGUCAAAUAGACUGAAUAUUAACAGAAAUACGGAACAAAAUGUCAUAGAACAAGAAAGGAAAAUGUACUUGACUGAAUAUAAGAACAGCUUCGACCAGUUAAUCGCAAAAAUAAGAACUGCGGAUAAUUCGCAAAAGUCCCCCGUUCGACGCAAUAUAUUAAGUUAUAAAGGGAAUUUCGUUAGUGCGCGUGAAGACUGUGCAAAGGACCGAACCGUUGAAGAUGGCGAAAGAAGCGAUUCUCUGCCUGCGAAUCCGUAUAUCGAUGAUUCCGAUUCAAACACAUCUUGUCCCUUGCAAACUAGCGAGAAUCCCAUGAAUUUUCUAAAAGUUGACCUAUCCUCCUCGUCCAACGACAACAGCAAUCAGUAUGCUCCAACUUUUAAACAGGAUACUUCCAACUUCCCUUGUAACUUCAGUUCGACUUCGUUUGGUUCCAUUGUAAAAACGAAAAAUAUAAAGACUGAAUUAUCAUCUUCCAAAGAUAUCUCAAUACGCGAAGAAGUAGCUUCUAAUUUGCUUGAUGAUACAGCAAACGUUUUUCACGUGGAAGAGUGUGACGUUUCAGAGAAUAGAACGAAUACCGAUGCCAAAGAAUCAUUUUUCAAGCUUGCUAAAACUGGAUCGGAGAGCCGAAAAGGAAUCGAAUUACUCGCGAAGAGGAAUGAUAGCAUACAAUGCAAUCAGGAGAAAUAUGAUACACAUUCGGACUCGAGAGAUAAGUGGGAAGAAGAAUUAAGCGGUAAAGUUACAGAUCCGGUUGUAGAAAACAUUGAAUACGAUACGAUAGACAUCGAUGAUGCUGACAUUCAAAUUAUCGAGAGGUCGCGGCGACAUAAUACGAAGGAAUACGUGGCCGGCCACAUAAAAUUUGAGAAGGAAAACGUGGAGUCGGUGGAAGAAAAUAUCGUUGCAUCCAUGCCGAAUCGAUCACGUGACAAUAUGAGUGCUCUUCGAAAACGGGAGCGUGAUAUGGUGUUAACGUUCAGCGACGACGAAAGGAUCGAGGACAGGUCGAUGAAUGUCAGAAAAUCAGCCAGAUUUUGUCUCAGCGAGACAAUCGGAUUCAAUAACGAAAGUCUUGGUGAGAAUAUGAUGCAGAUGGAGCAGGAGUCGCAAAAGCAAAAAUCACAAUUGCGCACGAUUCAUGCGAAGAAUGUAAAUAGUUCUGCACAAAGACUGUCUAAUAGGUUGAGAAGCAAAAUUAAUAGUAAUCGAAAGAAAUAAUGGUGCAAAUUAAAUCGUGAAAAUGAAAUAAUUAGAUUUUGAAAAUGAACUUUUAUACAUCUUGUUGAAUACUGUAGGAUGUAAGAAUAAAAAAGACUUGGACUUUCUUGUAAUUAACCUACAGUUGAGAAAUUUUGACAUGUUUGUGACUGUUGUCAUAUAUAUAUAAUGUUUUUUAGAAAAAAAAAAAGAGGUAGAAAUACGUCAUAUUCCGUUUUCAUGCAUGAAAACGGGAUACGACGGUAUUUCCACCUCUUUUAAAUAAAAUUGCGUAACAAAGACGCAUGUAUUUUAUAUCAUAUUGUAUAUCUUUCCGCUGUUUUGUUUGUGUCAUAGAUAUAUCUUGUAAUUUUACACAUUUACACAUAAUAACAUCUGUUGUAAAUUUCUUCCGAGAUCGUUUGAUACGAUCGUUAUUUAAGUGCUAUAAAUCUUCCUAAUCCUGUUGCCCGGUGUUCGAGCGUGGUGACCUCUUUUAUAUGCCUGUGGUGCGCACGUUGAUUAAUACACAGGCAUACGGAACCUACAGUUUAUCGCCGGUUCCGAACGGCAUUAUUUUUUUAGGGAGGUUUUCUUGGCAAGGAUACUCUCGGUGGUUUGCCAUUGCCUUCCGAGAGGAGAUGCGAGUGUAAAUAUUUUGGCUUCUGCCGGGAAUGAACCCGAGACCGCUGACAUAGACCAAUGCGCUACUUGCUAUGCCACGCUCGUUCUCAAGCGCUAUAAAUAUUAAAUUUGCGUAAUAUCGAUAUCGUAAAUCGGUUAUUCGCGUUUUCAAUGUAAUUAUGAAUUAAUAUAUAUAGCGCGCAUUAAGGGAAGAUACCGAAAUCUUUAUCAAAGACAUUGAAUUUUAUUGAAUAUUGAAUAUAUUAUAUGUUCCAAACGGAAAAAAAGAGACCAACAGUGAUAGAGUGAUAUCGGUGCAAAUCGAUCGCGAUUUACACGCUAUAUAUCUCAGAUAUAUUCGCACAGUCGCGCUAACAAUAAUUUAAUAAGCUUAACGUAAUGUCAAAAUAUAGCUGCUUGUUGCUUCAACGAUCGCUUACAGGUAAAAUAUGUCUUUGAUAUUACAUAACUUUGAUAUUAAUACACUUUGGUAUCGAUUUAUACAAUUAUACAGUUAACUUUAUGUAUAUAUACACAUACGCACACCGUGCAGCCGCAAUUAACUUGGAUAACUCGUCUAAGUAAUCUUCGUAGAUUUACAGGCGCGCUCUAACGUUCUAACGGAACGACUAUCACAUUCAUCUUAUAUCGUGUCUCUAAUUCUUUACUUAACAUUAUUACACCGUUAUAGUCCGUAUUCAGCUUUAUAUACUGCGUACGGCGAAUUUUCUUCUCCCACUCUUAACGUACAAGGCGCAUCGUUGCUGCAGGAAUGAGAAUCUUUCUCUACCUAAGCCUAGGAGGCGGGUCGCUAGUGGUAAAUUUCGUUAGCGUGUCUUAACGGACUCUCGCUUUUAAUUUUCCCAUGUCCGAUGUCUCCAUAGUAUCGUAGUAUUUUAACGCUCUCUCGAGUCUCGAUAGAACGAUUAACCAUCUGUUUCUGCUGUCUUCUUUUGUUCUU